CAACCAACCUAUAAACUUGCCUCAAUCAAAUAAGUCUAUGAAAAUAGGUCCAGAUAGUUUUCAUUACGAAUUGCCGAUUAAAUUCGGUAAUUGACUGUAAAUAUGGCAAAUAACUACGGCUUAUCUGAUGCAGAACUCAACCUUAUUAAAACCCAAGCCUCAAGGCGUGCUGAAAUGAGACGGGAGUUCUUGAAACAAAGAACAAACCCCUGGAAAAACGCUUCGGAGGCUGGUUAUGUUUUCGACACAGCAUUGCAAAGGUUUCUGUCCAUGAAAGUAACACAGUUUGAAUAUUUUACCGUAAACAAGCGAACUAGUUUGUUUGGAUUUUUUGUUAUUGUUGUACCCAUGUUUACAUUUGGUACCUUGAUAUGGAACGAGAGAACGCAGCGUGAACAGAAGAUUCGCAGUGGAGAGCUCCGUUACAAAGACAGACUCUUCAAGCUAGCUUAAUCACUGAUGAACUUGUACACAAUAGAAAAUAUAUAAUAAAUAUAAUGUUAAAGUUUUGUAUUAUAUUCUUUACCUC